GGGGUGUCACAAGACAUCUGGACCACCCAGUGCACGGCAUUCGUGUGUGCCCCGCUAUCUUUCUAUAAUGUUUAUGAGCAUAUUCUUGGGUCUUCCGGUAAAGUCACGUAGAUAGGUUGAAAGAAAAUAAAACAAACUUUUGUUAUGUUAUUUUUUACACUUAAAGCUCCGUGACGAAUGUUAUUUUUGUUAUUUUCUUUGAACCUAUCUACGCGACUUUACCGAAUUGACCCAAAUAAUAUGAAUCCCUGCAGUCACGAAAGCUUUAAGUCAAGAUUUGUAUGCGAACAUGCCGCCCUGCGUGGUAUAAUGGUGUUGAGCACUCCGGGUUUGCAAGCCAAAUGCCCUCGGGGUCGAUUCGAUCUCCCGGCACGGCAGGUUAAACGACGGGAGUCGUGAUCCAGCACCCCAUCUAUCACCACCCGCCACCGCUGUUAAAGUGUGGGUGAUCCCACCUCUUCCAAGACGUCCGAACAGCGUGGAAAAGUAGGCCAAAUACCCUCUAGAGCUCCCUCGAGAGGCCCUUGCACCAAUAGUGUUUAGUUGUCCUAUUAGCAUGGUUGGCUGCGUACGGAACGAAAGAAGUUCAACAUAUAUAAUCUUUAUUUAGGUUGGAUGAAUCCGAUGAGCUAUGAAGCUCUUGUUCACUGAUGUCCAGUAUUGGUGGGUCGUACAUAUACAGGGCAUUGCAGGGCUGCGCCUGUACCCUUUACUGUGCACAGCACGGUGGACGUGAGCUGCCGUCAAUAAUGGCAUCGUGGAUUAACUUUCUUUAUCUGCGGGGUAGGAAGAAGCUCUUGGAGCAAGGCAGGCUGCAGAGGAGUUGCGUUAGUGCAGCACUUGUGCAUCUGGCCACUGUGCAGCAGAGGCUUGAACCGAAGAGGAAGUCUGCCCGUGUGUCUGAGGAGGAGCGGAGGAGAAGCCCUGAGGAUGGAGGGCAGCAGACUGACCGCUCGCACAAGGCUGAUGCGGCUGAUGCGGCUGCUGCUGCCACCAAGAAGUCUGCUGCUGCUGCCAAGAAGUCAUCAGGGUCAACCAAGGGACCCCGGGAGCCGUACACAUGCUGGCUGAUGAAGUCCGAGCCAGAGAGCCGCUUCGAGAAUGGAGUAGACAUGAAGUUUGGCAUUGAAGAUCUGGCAGCCCUGCCAAACCGGAUGUCAUGUUGGGAUGGAGUGCGAAACUACCAGGCACGUAAUUUUAUGCGGGCAAUGAAGACUGGGCAAAUGGCUUUUUUUUACCAUAGCAACUGCAAAGUACCAGGCAUUGCUGGAUUGGUCAAGAUAGUUAAGGAAGCCUACACAGACCAUACCCAGUUUGAUCCCAAGGAUGCACAUUACGACCACAGCAGCAAGAAGAGCAGCCCCAAGUGGGACAUGGUGGACGUGCAGUUUGAGAGGAGGACCAAGCGCUUCCUGCCGCUGGCCGAGCUGAAGGAGUGGCACCUGAAGCACGCGUCGGAGGGCGGUCCGCUCCGCUCCGUCGCCCUGUUCACAAGCGCUCGCCUCUCGGUGCAGCCGCUCACAAAGGAAGAGUUUGAUUUUGUGCUGAGCUUGGAGGAUGAAGAACCCGUUUGAAAAAAGGACAACGAUCGAUCAUCGCCCUGGCAAACGGGACAUCUAAAAGUGGCAAUGCAUCUCUUGAUUUUCAAAAGCACAUUGUUAUCGUGUCCACUUUGUAGUCAAUGCGAUGUCAGUUGUUACUUUUAUGUAUGUUUCUGAAAAUGUAAACAAUUUAACAAAACAUGCCAAUAUGUUUACAACAUUUUCUACUUCUUCUCAUUUGUAUAUUUAGCUAAACUUGCUCUUAUGAUCAGUUUGUCAGUCGUAACAAAAAAGGGAAAUUGUCAAUGAGAAAUACAAAAUUAACCAAGGGGGGGGGGGAAGCAUUCAACGUACAGUUCUAGACACCUUCAAAAAAAUGAAAGUUGACUGGUUCUUUCGGUAAAGUCACGUAUAAAAUUAAUAAUGGAAUACGACGUUUCGUUUGCAACAAAGCAAACCAUCAUCUUUCAUAACUGAUGAUGGUUGCUUUUGUUGCAACCGAAGCGUCGUAUUCUAUUAUUAUUUGAUUUUAUUUUCUACGUGACUUUACCGAAAGAGCCAAAGAGUCAUUCCUGCAGUCACGAAAGCUUCGAAUCUAAUGAAAGUUGAGUUUAGCCCUUUAACGUCGUGCCAAUAAGGCAAACGUGGCAACCAAUUAGACGGGGCAAAUUUGACAAAGCGCUCUGUGUUUAUUGCUUUAGCCAGAACACAAAGUUGUACAUCUUCGAGGUUUUGGGUUUGAAUCUGGACAGCCAGCUUUUCAAGUGUUGUAGGUUUGUCGUUUCGACAAGGUCAGCUUACUACAUUCAGUUUUAACACUCACCUCAGCCUAGCCUCAGCUCAAACUGGUGACAUUUGUAAAUGUUGAGGAUGAUAGACAUUACAGUGAAUGGCUUUUAAAGAAAGUUGCUGCUCCCAAACAAGUUUGCUGCGUGAUAUACAAUAUAAUACGUUUCACAUAUUGGUAUUGAUUAUUGAAAUGCUGAGGUGUUAGAUUCAAUAUUUCAAACUUGACAUGGGUUCAGAGGGGAGGGUAGCUGAUGUAUUAGAUUCAUGCAGACAAGAGGAGGGGUUGGAAAUUGUGGAAAGUUUGCUUUAUGACAUGUGUACAUACGUUGCUGUUAUUGCAGCUCAGAAAGGCAUCCUAAAAAUCACGACUUCUUUACACAGACAAUAAAUGCCAAAAGACUCUCUCGUGUCCCCAUGCACCCGCAUUUAGAAAGCAAGUACCCUCAGGAUUUGGCUGUUUGCGAUGUGCAGUACACUGAGACCGCUCAAUCCAAAUAAAUAAACUGGAAACCUCUCCGA